AAAGACACCGCGAUACCCAAGAACUUGGUCAAGUGGCGGCGGCUGCAAACGGGUUUCAGUCGCGUUUGGUGCCUCAACGGCGACGGACUUGUAUACUCGAUACCCAGACCGAUACCUGAAGCGAUAACCGAUUACAAUAUCCCAGCUUCGAGAUGACUAAUUCCUUGGUGAUCUUCGUGACCCUGUGGCUGUGUCUUUUUGGCCAACUGCAGGCUGCCUCAAUUGUCUGCGGCUCGGAGGCCAAGGCUUUGGAUGGUGGGGAUGUGGAGACGCUGACCACCACCCCGAGUCCCAGUGAGGUCAACAAGUUUGUGCAUAGUCUGCAGUGUACCCUGGAGAAGGCCAAGCCCUGGAUAGCCAACAUUGAGAAGGAGGCCAAGAUUCUGGAGGAGAAGGCACGCGAUGUGACCAGGUCGCUCUUUCAGCGCUUCAACAUGCUGGUCACCGUGCUCACCCUCCCAGCCACCACCAAUUCGCACACUGAAAAGGAUAAGAUCAAGGAUCCGGAGGAGGUGACUUCCAGCACUACCAUCGUCACGGAGGCAGCCGAGGAAUCGUCGAGCUCUCCGAAAAACGAGCUCAAGGAGGAGGUCACCACCUCUUCGCCGCCCAUCCGCAUGGACUGGCUGGAGGAUCACGACAACGAAGUAGUGUGAAUGUAGCUAAACCAUACUUUAACACAUAUUUAUAUUAACUAAUAAAACUGCUUUCCUAUUUAUUGUAAACCUGCAGCUAGUUAUGAUUAUUAAAUUUCAGCAAUUUGAAAAUUCAA